UGAAAAUUUGGUUGAACACACGUCCAAACAACACAGGAAAGUUAUUUUUAAAUUAGCAAUUACUUGCUGAAAAUAUAUAUUUAUAGUUUUGAUACGAUUUGGACGUUUCUUUCUUUGAGGCAUCUUGUCGGAGGAGGUCAUGAGAGUUUUGUGGAACUUAUGUCUCCUAAUUGGACUAGUAGUGGCUGCAGGAGAGGAACCUAUCAGCCAUGUUCCUGGAUGUGAAGACGCACCAACAGCAAGUAAAGAAGCGUCCGCAUCCACACCUACGAGUACGAAGGAAACGUCCGCAUCCACACCUACGAGUAGAGAAGCAACACCAUCCACUGGUACUACCGAGACAGAAACGUCCGCAUCCACAACUACGAGUACGAAAGCAACACCAUCCAUUGGUACUACCGAGACAGAAUCACCAACCGUGAGAACUACUGAAACAGAAAACACCACAACAACCACAACAACUACGAAAGGUGCUCGUGAAAAAGAUGAGCCGAAAUACGGGUACUACAGAGAUUCUUACGGCUGUUUCUACACGGUUUUGACAUCUCGUAACCUUCUGUAUCAUGCCUAUUGCACAUACUACUGUCCAUGGUAUCCGUAUGUAUACAAAGUUCGUAACGGGGUGACCUGCUUAACGUUACUUGAAAAGGGAGCACAAGAGCGGACAUAUGACUCUAAAGUAUGUCGCAAGGGACGGUGCUUGAAUGGCCUUUGCAUACCCACCGGCUACGUACAGAGGUGCUCUGUACCACACACAUUCCCCAGAAACCUGCCGCGAAACGCGCUAGACCGUUCCGAAUAAACCACUUCUAAUAUA